CGACUACUUGUGCCGAGGUCGGGUCCAGACAGACGGUGAUGCAAUGGCAAGAUAUCGACUCCGAAGCUGAACGGGGCGCUUCAUCUUAUCGCGUCUUUGAGUUGGUUUAGUUGAUUGAAUUGCUAUGCAUACUGUCACUACAUUUUGCUCUCAAUUUCUCCUGUGUUAAUCAUCCAGCACCGACGACUCACAAGCACAACUCACGAGAUGGCGGGCCGCUUGACCCCCCUUCGCUUUGUGCGAUCUGUUCUGAGGUCAUUCCAGAAAGACUCCGGCCUCGAGCCAAGGUUACUUGGGAAUAACUUUCGUGUGACGGACGCAUCGAACGGCAUUGUCAAGUUUGAACUGGACAUCAAGAAAGAGCACACUAACCGCCUCCAAACAAUACACGGCGGAACGAUCGCUAGCCUCGUCGAUCUGGGCGGGUCCCUAGCAGUUGCGUCCAAGGGACGUUUCGCGACAGGUGUAUCGACCGAUCUCAAUGUGACAUAUCUCAGCCCUGGCGGCCUCGUUGGAGAUCGCAUGACAGGUACAGCCAUUUGCGAGAAGAUGGGAAGGACGCUCGCGUUCACGGCGGUGAGCUUCUAUAACAAGAAGGGUGAGCUAGCUGCCCGCGGCAGCCAUACCAAGUACGUCGCCAAGACGUGGGAAAACGAGGACUUUGUGGCGCCCCAGGAGUACGUGGAUCCGGAAGAGAAGUGAUGACCGCACAAGUGAUGACCGCACAAGAGGCUUCACUGUCCAGUUAUGGAACUACCAGCCCUGGGACCGCGAUCCUCUGCAAGUAACGUUAUGUGAUAUAUUAGAGAUUAGAUGCUGCAUCUAUAGAAACCGACUGUAUGCUGUAGUAUGGUACAUAUGAACCGUAUCGUUAUCAAAC